AUGGCUGGAGCAGGCGGCCAAGGGUGUGGGAAGGCUGAUCAUUCAUGCCAUGCUUGUGGGGACUUGGACACAUCAUAUCAUUGUGAGGAUUGUUUUUCAGUUGAUUUAUUUUGCCAUCUGGGCAUCAUCAAAUUCCACCAGAAUGUACCACUUCAUCGAGUCAAGCAAUGGCAGGACAGAUAUUUUCACUCUACGACUUUAAAACACCUUGGCCUGCGCAUCCAAUUAGGAGAUCACACUGGCCACUGUGCGAAUGCACCAUCCCACUACAGACAACUUUUGCAUGGGUGCUUCUUUCCAUCAACUUCAACAGAUCUGAGGACUGCAGCAACAUUUGCAGUUCUUGAACAUUUCCACCUCCUUUUGUUUGAGUCUAGAGUGUCGGCUUAUGAGUUUUAUCAUUGCCUUGCACGUAAAAGCGACAACACAGGCAUUAAGCCUAUCAAGUGGUGGAAUCUCACGUCGUUGAAACGAUCAGGUCGUGGUCACGACCCUGCGGGAGUUAAUGCAAUGCAACAAGGACAACUUGCAGUCCUGUGCCCUGCCUGUCCACAGCUCGGAAAAAAUGUCCCUGAGGACUUAGCACAUGUCAGAUCAAAUGAACAAUGGCUUUACUCGCUAUUCUUGGCCAUUGACGCCAAUUUUUGCCUUAAGUGUCGUCUCAUGUCAAACGAUAUCAAGGACCCUGGGCUCAGUCCCGGAUGGGGGUAUUUUGUGGAAGAAGGACAGUACAAGACAUACCUUCGUGAUCAUGCAGAUGUCAGGCAAGAGAAGAGCAUGUGCAUUAGCCACAAUGCCAUCAACAUGGCAGAUACCAAGCUUUCCAAAGGGCUUGCGGCAACUGGCGUAGGCUCAGUCGUUUGUGCACAGCACGACAUGUGGCUGGCAAGUGGCAUUGGAGAUUUGCAAAGAGGCAAAAAAUAUAUGAAUAUGGAUUACAUCGUAUUCUCUGCCCUGUCUGCUUUUGCGUCCACUCCCAUAAUCAACUUUUCCUAUGAUAUUGCCUGCCAGUGGCACAAGAAGCUCUGGCAGCAUUUUCAUAUUGCUGCUCAUAUCGCCGCUUGCCAAAUGAAUUUCUCCUUCAACUGGACACCGAGAGUCAAACGCGGAUGGGCUGAUAUAAACUGCAUCGCUGCAAUUCUUGACAACCAUUUCGGCGAUUGGAACUGGAAGAAAGUGAUUGCAUUCGGUCACAUCUUACUCCGCAAGAUCAAGGAAGCUGUCAAAGCCAAAACAGAACAUCGCGAUGCCCUUACGGAGUUGGAAGAGUCCAUCAAGCAAUCAGACUUAGGCAUUGCCUCACUCACAAAUUGGACAAACGAAGUCUUAGCAUGGGAGCUAGACCACUCAAAUCCGAAUCCGUUUGAGAGCAGGGUUGCAGCCACAACACAGGUGGCCAUUCGUCUAGAGCUACUAAUGCAAGAUGCGCAAGAUUUAGAGGACAGAUUUUCGGUUUCACUUCAUUCUGAUCUGACGCCGAGCAUUCUCAUCAGCACGGGUCUGGAUAUUGAGCAUGUACAACGACGGCUUCAUGCAGAUAAUGGGAGCUUAGGUCAACAUGCAACAGAUGAACAGCAAAUGAAGAUCCUAGCACACAGCAAUAGUCUCCAACAUCAUAUUAAAGCAUGGACCAAGAUUCAAUUCUUAUACAUGCCAUCUGUCUCUCAACUCCGUGCUACUAAUGCUACCGGCCUCAACCGCCGAGGCCCAAUUCUGUCAAACCUGAGGACUUUCAGCUGCUAUUUCCUUCCGACAUCUGCAGCUAUGCACCAGUGUGAUCCAAAACUGCUUCACAUAGAAUGGUCAUUGCGUUUUGCACAGGCACAUGACGCCCUGGACGACGCAUUGGUCUGCCUGUCGAGGCACGUUGAUCAUGUCGGGUGGGAUCGCGGCCUACAACCACUGAAGAAGACGGACCUCAGACCAAUAGGUGAUCUUGGGGGACAAACUCUGGGCACAGCAAUUAUGCCGUGGAUCUGGCUUACUCAUGGGAUCUCUUCGCAUGACAGCGAGGGGCUGCAAGACACACUCCGCAUCGAAUGGUGUAAGGCAAGGGCCCGACAUAACCGGUGGCAAGAAGAAAUACAGCUAUUACUGGUCGAGAUGCAGCGCGUGUUGGCAUUUCUUGCAUGGGAAGCCAGACAGUGGGACGAGCGAGCAACCCUUCGCAUGGUAGAGCGGUCAGAAUAUGCGGAAGGUCUGAUCGCAUAUGCAAACUGCCAGGCUUCUAUCUGUCGCAGCUUGUCUGCAAGCUUUUCGGGAAUGUGGAGGGAUGUGGGAGCCCUAGUAAGUGCGGGUUUGGAUUAUGGUGCAGAAGGUGAGCAGGACGACAGACCUUCUAUUGAUGAACCCCCACACGAAGAUCUCGAUGGGGUUGAUUAG